AUGGGUCUGAAGAACCUUGCAUUGACUGCAGCCCUGCUGCUGGGUGAGACAGUGCUGGGUCUCACUCCCGCAGAAUGGCGCAGCCAGUCCAUCUAUUUCAUGUUGACCGAUCGAUUUGGUCGUAGUGACAACUCCACCACUGCUGCGUGUAACGUUAGCGACAGGACAUACUGUGGAGGUAGCUGGCAAGGAAUAAUCAAUCACUUGGACUAUAUACAAGGAAUGGGAUUCACUGCGAUCUGGAUUACUCCGGUUACAGAACAACUCCCUCAGGACACUGGCAACGGUGAAGCCUACCAUGGAUAUUGGCAACAGAAUAUAUAUGAGAUUGACUCCAACUUGGGCACAGCUGCCGAUCUACUAGCUCUGUCCAAGGCCUUGCAUGCCCGCGGCAUGUAUCUCAUGGUAGAUGUGGUGGCUAAUCAUAUGGGUUAUGCUGGAUCUGGCAACAGCGUUGACUACAGCGUGUUUAAUCCCUUCUCCUCAUCGUCAUAUUUCCACUCUUACUGUCUCAUCAGUAACUAUGAUGACCAGUCAAAUGUUGAGGACUGCUGGUUAGGAGAUACUAUUGUGUCCCUUCCAGACGUAGACACAACCCAGACAGCGGUGCAGACUAUAUGGUAUGACUGGAUAGCAGAUCUUGUAUCCAACUACUCGAUUGACGGUUUGCGCAUUGAUACCGUCAAGCACGUCCAGAAAUCUUUCUGGCCCGGCUAUAAUGACGCUGCAGGCGUUUAUUGUGUCGGUGAAAUAUUUGACGGCGACCCAGCGUACACUUGCGACUAUCAGAACUAUAUGGACGGUGUCUUGAACUACCCAAUCUACUACCAACUGCUGUACGCCUUCCAGUCCUCCAGCGGCAGCAUCAGCGAUCUAUAUAACAUGAUCAACUCUGUCAAAUCCGACUGCGCUGAUUCAACAUUGCUGGGGAACUUUAUUGAGAACCAUGACAAUCCGCGAUUCGCCAGCUAUACAAGUGACUACUCCCAAGCAAAGAAUGUUAUCUCCUUCUUGUUCCUGUCGGAUGGCAUUCCCAUUAUCUACUCCGGUCAGGAACAGCACUACAGUGGUGGAGCUGAUCCUGCAAACCGUGAGGCCACUUGGCUCUCAGGGUAUUCAACCACCGCCGAGCUGUACAAGUACAUUGGAACCACCAACAAGAUCAGAAAGCUGGCUGUCUCUGCAGACUCUAGCUAUAUCACAACGAAAAAUGUACCAUUCUACCAAGACAGCCAUACACUAGCUAUGAAGAAGGGAUCCAGUGCCUCACCAGUAAUCACAGUUCUAUCAAACUAUGGAUCAUCUGGAAGCUCCUACACAUUGUCUUUGAGUGGAAGCGGAUAUUCAUCAGGCACCAAGCUGAUGGAGAUGUACACCUGCACAUCUGUGACAGUUGACUCCAGCGGAAACAUCGCAGUCCCAAUGACAUCAGGUCUUCCACGCGUACUCAUGCUGGCCUCUUCUGCAAGCAGUAUGUGCGGCUCCAGUACCACGACAACAACCGCUACUGCGGUAACGCAAACCACGACGUCGACUUCGACAGGCACAAGCUGUACACAGGCCACAGCCCUACCGGUCUUAUUCAAGGAGCUUGUUACUACCACCUACGGUCAGAAUGUCUACAUCUCAGGCUCGAUCAGUCAACUUGGCAGCUGGGAUGCUAGUAAUGCAAUUGCACUGUCGGCAAGCAGUUAUACGUCCUCCAACCCUCUAUGGCAGGUUGCCAUCACACUACCCGUUGGAACCUCGUUUGAGUAUAAAUUCAUUGAAAAGACGACUGGUUCAACCACUGUCACGUGGGAGAGCGAUCCCAAUCGGUCGUAUACGGUGCCGACUGGAUGCGCAGGGACGACAGCUACGGCUACUGCUACAUGGCGAUAG